UCUCCGUUCUGGGAAAAAAAACUAAGAGUGUGAAACAAAUACAGCACUUUGAAAGUCAGAUAUAAUGGAAGGGACACUAUGAAAGACAUACAUGGAAAUAGUAGUAGCCCCUCCCGAAUCGCCAUUUUAUAUUUAUGUCCAAGCACAUUUUCUUUUGAUAAACUACGAUAUUUACAAAUGUAAUAUGAGUUUUGCCAGCAGAGGGCGCUCGGCGUCGUAUGCACCAGUUGCUUAAGCUCUGGCCGCCAGAAGAAGCUCGCCAGCGCUUGGCGUAGAAGCGUAAAGAGGACACACCUAGUAGCUCCUACAACCUGCUCUUUUGUAGGAGAAACGUCUCCUGCAACUCGGUUUUCUCAGCCACAGAAAUGCCCUAUCAUAGACGGUUUCAUUGCUUCUUGGCUGUUACGUAAGACGUAUAUUGCUGCUGCUGAGGUGCAAGCUCUGCCCUGCGUACGGUGCAUCAGCAAAGCAGUGCGUAAGCAGAAGAACCAAGUCACUUACUCCAAUUCGAGGGGCCAGCUGUGUGCUAGAUAAACCGGCAAAACUCUGCCUUCAGGAAGGAGCAAGGGUUCAAAGCCACAUUGCAAGUCCUGACCAUCUGCCACCUUCUCUUACCAUCUGCAGGAAGCUUCCAGCGUCUUCUGGAAAGACAGAAGCGAGUUACUACAUCAUGGUCAUGAUGGCCAUCACCUUCCUGAACCUGAUCGGGAUUCCCAUGGAGAUCGCCUUCCUGGACGGCGACAGCGGGCUGGCGUGGGAGAGCUUCAACGUGUUCUCGGACACGCUGUUUCUGCUGGAUGUGGUCCUGAACUUCCGGAUGGGCAUCAUAACGGAGGACGCCGAGGAAGCUAUUCUGGAUAUCAAAAAAAUCAGAGUCAGCUACCUGAGGACAUGGUUCAUCCCGGACGUCAUAGCAGCUUUCCCCAUCGGAUACAUCCUGCUGUUUGCGGACCUACAUUACCACAACGAUGACAACCCAUCCAAGGCCAACAAGAUGAUGAGGAUACUGAUGUUCGUGCGGAUCCUCAGCUUGAUCCGGCUGGCUCGAGUGUCCAGACUGGUCAGGUUCUUCAACGAAGUUGAGAAAGUGUCAAAUGCAAACCUGGAGGUAGUUCGGCUCUUCUUCCGCAUCUUGUCUCUCUUCAUGAUGAUUUUUUUGCUGUGUCACUGGAACGGCUGCAUCCAGUACUUCGUCCCCAUGCUGGAGGAGUUUCCCACCGACUGCUGGGUUCGGAAGGAAAACCUGAUGAACUCCACAGUCAUCGUUAAAUACUCUUGGGGAGUUUUCCGAGCUCUCUCCCAGAUGAUUGCUCUCUCUUACGGAUCCAUGGAUGCUCCAACAAAUUACAUAGAGAUGUGGAUCGUCAUGGUCAGCAUGGUGUCUGGCUGCAUGAUGUACACCAUCCUCGUAGCCAACGCUACAACCAUGAUCGCCAACCUUGACCCAGCAGCCAAGGAAUACAAGAGCAAGAUGAGUCGCUUGGAGCAUUAUAUGGCCUUCAUGAAGCUUCCACCAGAGUUGCAGCUUCGCAUCAGCAACUACUACCAAGCUCGCUACGGAGGGAAAUGGUUCGACGAGAAAUACAUAAUGGACACGAUAUCAUCAUCCCUCAAAGAGCAAGUCUUGAUGGUGAUGUGCAGCCAGCUGCUGAAGAAAGUACCGAUGUUUCAGAACAGAGACGAAAACUUCAUCAACGACGUCCUCCUCAAGCUACAUUACGAGGUUUUCCAGGAGGGAGACGUCAUCGUCCGCCAGAAUGUCCCGGGCGAUCGUAUGUUCUUCAUCGAUCACGGAGAGGCCGUGAUGGAGACCGAGUCGUACGAGAGGGAGCUCUGCGACGGAGACUUUUUUGGAGAGACGUGCGUGCUGACCAAAGGCAAGCAUCUGGCCACGGUGAAGGCGCUGACCGACUGCCAGUGCUUCUCCUUGUCCUGGGACGACUGUCAGGAGGCGCUUCGGGGCUUCCCGGACAUCAAGAAGGACCUAGAAAAGAUGGUCCUCGUUAACGCCGACGGCGGAGUUGUGUAAGAUACAAAAACAAGAAAAAAAAAAAAGUAUGAACUGUUUUUCUGCGAAGGAAUCCGAAUCUAACCCUAUGCACUUUAGCAUUUGGAUGGCUAAAGGAGAGCCAGUGAAGAGUUUUUUUGCACAUUAAUAAAAGUUGAGCACCUUUUAAAUGCUACAAGACUAUGUAGAGUUUUUGCCUUCUCAUCCCCUAUUUAUCUACACCAAACAAAGACCUCAAUAUAUAGGGCAUUUGGGGUGUUUUGCCUUUUUUUUUAUUAUUUUUGCUGAACUAUUCCUGUUUAUUGCAAAAACAAAAUUCGUAGAAACUUAUUCUCUCCUGUCAAGUUUUGGAGCUUAAACUUCUGGCAAAUGGGAAAAGGGAAAGGAGAAAAGGAGAAAAAAGUAGCUGGAGAUAGACACCAGCACCUCCCGACCCCACUGAGGGACAAGGGUGUACAGAAAAUGGAUGGAUAGCUGGAUACUAAAAAGAGAAAAAAAGUAUUCAUUUCAUAACCGUGGAUGUAUCAUAUGGGUGGUGAACAACAAGCACAGUGCAGGUCAGAGGUUCACAUAUGCUUAUUAUGAGUAUAAAUUUUAUAUCCAUUUUUUCUUUUUUUAUUUCACUUCUGUAUUUCAUUCCCAGUUCGUGUAACAACUGAAAGAAAUCAAGAAUGAAAAGGAGGAGGGCAUAGUAUAAACUUAUAAUAUUUCUGCAGAUUCACAUAAAGAGAAAAUUAGCUAUUCAACUCAGACAAUAAUUCAUAUACACACAAAAAGUACACAAGAAAACAUCAAGUUAUUCAGUGGCAUAUUGCUUCAUCAUAAUGAAUUUUUUCAGAUGUCUUUUAAGAGCAGAAAGAGAUUUACAUUUAGUGUUAAUUUCACCUCACUGACAAGAUUGUUCACAACUUUAAUUGGAACAAAAUCUUUCCAUCUUUGCCGUUCUGAAUACAUUUUUUUUAAAAUCUCAGUUCCUCUUAAGUUGUAUUUGCUUUCCCUCUAUUGAUUCGUGAAAUGUCAUUCCGGUUUUUUAAAUUGUUUUACGUUAUUAUUAUAUAUCAUAUUGUCACCUUCCUAAAAUUAUAAGUCAUUUUUCGCUGAAUCUUAUUUUUAUUUUGUUGUUUGGCAAGAAACAAAACAAUGCAUGUAAUUACCAUGCAGUUUAAAGACCUGAUUGCGCUAACAUUGGGUUUAAAGUUGUUUUAGUGAGUUGCAGGGAAACCACACUCUUCUUGUACCCAUAAGCGAAGCUCUGGCUUAAUUCAGCCCUUAUAUUUUCACAGCUCCUCUCGGCGGACAUGGAGCAGCUCGUUUUGUUAUUUAUGUACAUUAUUACAUAAGUAGAUGUAUAUAUUUUUUUUAUUUUUGCUCAGUUUUUACCUACUAAUAUGCUUUUUUUUUUUUUUUUACUUUUAUAUGGCUUGAAAUACAGCAAUAAACUAAACUAAGUCAACAUGGACAACAUGUGAGGAACAGCCAAGAGUUUAACUCGUUUAAAAAAGUGUAUUUAAAAUCCAGCUACUCAUUUAAAUAUACCAGUUACAUUGACUGUCAUAUCCAGAAUUAUCCCAGGACCUUGCUGAUACAACAAAAAGUGUGGUUUCUUGGCAACUGAUGUUAAAAAGUUGCAUAAAAUCCAGACUAAGUCUUGUUUUUAGAAUCCAUUAACAUUAUCGCCGCCUGGGAAAAAUGAGAACAGUUCAAAUGCAUUACUAAAUAUUGAAAAUGAACAUGGCAUUCCUGCUAAUGACUGGCAUACAGGUUUAAUGUUUUCACCUAGCAACAGUCACACAGUGACCGCUGAGGGUUUCGUUUGAUGUCAGAUUGUAAUUUAUUUAUUUUUUCCAACAUACAUCUAAGCUGUCGCUUUACCCAAACCCCAGUAAAGUCAAUGUUGUAUCUUAUUACAGACGCCAAACAGCAAAGUGAGAACAAAAAUAUUGAGAAAUCAAUGGGCUCCCCACAUGAGACUGGAAGUGUCCAUGUUCAAGGUGAAGCAAAGCGAACAAACAAUCAGCGCCUGCCCUGCAGAACAAAGCACUGCGGAGACCUUCACGCUGAAGGUCAGUUUACAGUCCAAAAGACCCAAACUGGAGCUGGAACCUGUUUACUGUUAACAACAACAACAAAAAAAACAGCUAAGGUGGUCGGUAGAUUUUUUUUUUUUAGCCACUGUCUCCCUUGACGGUGUUUGCACUCUGCCAUGUUGUUGAACCACUUCUGGGGAAUAGUUUGACCGGAGCACAUCCAUGGUUUCCAUGCAUAUUUAAUGAACGCCAUCUCAUGUAGAUAAAGUAGGUGUGGAUCAUAUCUAAGCCACGUCUGACUUUUUACCUCCAUUUAUUCUCUUUAACCUCAUUAGCAGUAGACGACUACCUGGUCUGUUUGUCCUUUCCUCUUUUUUCUUUGUAAAAAAGUGGCCUUAACUUUACGAACGAAUAUUACUACAGUAGAGCUGGGGUUGAUUAUGCAUAUCUUGGUCUCCUUCAUAUUAGCCGUAGGUCUGCUGACUUCUCUCCUUCCUCCAGAUAUGAUCUGUAUUUACCUCAACGUCGGGGCUAAGAUGGAGAUCCAAGGCUAACUACCAUAAGUGCACAGGAUAUAACAGUCCGGAUGCCUCUUAGAAUGGAUGUAAUAUUUUUGGAAUUUGUAAUUACUCCUUUAAUUUAUGUAAACUGUUUUAUUUUGUCUGAACUAAAGAGCAAUAAAGUGAACCUAUCUGAACUCUAAA